ACGACGCCGUUGGUGCGAUUUUCAUAAAAAAGUAAAAUGAACAGUAAUAAGAUCAAAACCACAAUUGGAAUUCGAAUUUACGUUUUUCAUCCGGACACUUCCCGCGGCCCGCCAGCCGUCGACCGCCGUCUGUUCAGGGUACAAGAAUGGGCAGCAGCUCGUCUGAAGCAGAGUACAACACGUUCCUGGAGAAAGUUCAAAGAACAAUCUACAUCGACAACUUAUCUCCCCUAGCUACCGAAAAGGUCAUGAAGGCUGCUUUUGACCAGUUCGGGUAUGUGGUCAGCAUUCAAUUCAUCCCAAACUAUUUUGAGCCGAAAAACUUGCCGGUAUCUGCCCUGGUGGAGAUGGAGAACGCGAAGCAGGCCCAGGGGAUAUUAGCCCAGAUGGAGAACAACGCAUUCAUGGUUUUGGGCAUGCCCAGGCCCGUUAGGUCCCGGCCCGCUAGGCCCGAGAUGUUUGAAGACCGCCCAAGAAAACCUGGACGGAGGAUCUUCUGCCGUUGGGUUGACCCGAAAGAGCCAGACUUUGAGGUGGCCAAGAAACUGAAGCAUCUCGUGAGGAAACACAAUGCGGAGGCAUCCCUGUUGCUUGAGCACCAAGUGGCAGAGGAGGAGAAGCUCGCGAAGCAGCAGAACGAAUUUCUGAAAGGCCAAUACAAGAAGUUUGAGCUGCUUGAGGGCGUGUUUUUGGAUGGGACUGCCAAGAAUUUGGCACGUAACUACGACAUGUCUGUCACAGAUGGUUGAUGGGUUUUUUCUUUAUUACAUAUAUAUUUUGUCCAAAAAAAUGUAGAGAAGGGCCUAUUUAGGAGCAGGAGAUUAUGUUGUAGGUGGCUGCUGUAAAAAUGUCUAAUGCCAAGCUAAGCUAACAAUUUAACACUGGCUUUUGAAGUAUUUUGCUCUACGUAAGGGAAAUAGGUAUGCAGUUCAGUAACUGAAACUCUGCAACACUUUUUGUGGGUAAGGAAACUUUCUGGGGUCAUAUUAUAUGAUUGUUAAUGGAUUGGG